GAUGAGCCACAAACUGUUUCAAUUACAUAAACUGGAUGCUAUUCGUUGCUUUAGAUUCUAUAGUACUCAAUGGUCUUCUAAUAGCAUACGUACAACUUUCAUCGAAUACUUUAAAAAAUAUGACCAUGAAUAUGUUCAUUCUUCUUCGGUGUUACCUCGGAAAGGAGAUGGAACAUAUUUCGUUAAUGCUGGAAUGAAUCAAUUCAAAUCAAAGUUCCUUGGUACUGUUCAGUCUGAUAGUUAUUUUUAUGAUAUGAAAAGAGUCGUAAAUAGUCAAAAAUGUAUAAGGGUAGGAGGAAAGCAUAAUGAUCUUGAUGAAGUGGGACAAGAUUUUCGCCAUCACACUUUUUUUGAAAUGCUUGGAAGUUGGUCUUUUGGGGAUUACUUCAAAGAGGAAGCUUGUUUUAUGGCCUGGGAUUUAUUAACUAAUGUUUAUAAAAUUCCUCCUAAUCGAUUAUAUGUUACCUAUUUUGGUGGAGAUGCUGAAAUGCAAAUACCACCCGAUCUACAUUGCCUAGAAAUAUGGAGAAAUCUUGGGGUACCGGAGGACAGAAUAAUUCCAUGUGGCAAAAUAGAUAAUUUCUGGGAUAUGGGUGAAACAGGACCCUGUGGUCCCUGCACAGAAAUCCAUUAUGAUUUCAUUCCUGAUAGAAACGCAUCUCAUUUAGUUAAUGUUGAUGAUAGAACGAUAAUUGAAUUAUGGAAUUUGGUUUUCAUGCAAUAUAAUAGACAAAAGGACCAAAAGAUAGUUCCUCUGCCUCAAAACCAUGUAGAUACCGGUAUGGGUUUAGAACGAAUAACUGCUGUUUUACAAGGAGUAACUUCCAACUAUGAUACUGAUUUAUUUGUACCAAUUUUCAAGGAAAUUGCCUCCAAAAGCUCAACAUCAUUAUAUAACGGAACAAUAGGAAAGGACGAUAUAGGCGGUAUAGAUACAGCGUAUAGAAUUGUAGCCGACCAUUUACGAAUGGCUACGGUUGCAAUAAGCGAUGGACUUAUUCCAGAUAGAAAAGAUUUAGGAAGUAAACUUAGAAACGUGAUUUUUCGAGCUGUUAAUCAAUCAUCCAACGUAUUAAAUUUACCUCAAGGAUCCCUAUCUUCAUUGGUUUAUGUUAUUGGCGAUAUAUUAGAAGAAGGAUUCCCUGAAAUAAAGAAGAAUAUAAAACAAGUUGCGGAAGUAAUUGAUAAUACGGAAGAAGAUUAUUUAAAAAAGAAAAUGAUUGGUCAAAAAUGUCUUCAUAAGGCGAUACAAAAAUUCAAACCAACUGAAUCAAAGUUAACCUGUAAACAAAUGAUUGAUAUUCAUGAAGGAAAUUUUGGUUUUACUGUAUCGAGCGAUAUUUUACAUGAUAUAUGCCAAGAAUUUGGAAUUGACUGUGAAUGGGGAAAGAUAAAGUUACAGCAGAACGAUAUUAUGAAACUAAAAGAUCAAAAUGUUGAAUUAACUGACGAUUCUGCAAAAUAUGAUAGAACCCUCAUAGAUAAAUUCUCAAGUAGCAUUGUGGGAAUUUAUAAAAAUGAAAAUUUUAUAGAUAAAAUAAAAGCCGAGGAUGAAGUGUGUGGUUUAAUUAUGGAUAAGUCUUGCUUUUAUGCUGAAUCAGGAGGUCAAGUUGCAGAUUUAGGCUUGAUUAAAAGCCGGAAAGGCACUUUUAAGGUAUUAGAUGUUCAAAAAACUCAUGACUAUGUUUUGCAUUAUGGAAAAAUAAUUGAUGGAGAAUUCUCAGUCAAUGAUGAAGUUGAAUGUCAGCUAGAUUUUGUAGGAAAAGAUAGAAGGAAUUCAUGCUCUAGAGCUCAUACUGCUACUCAUAUAAUAAAUUUUGCUCUUAAUAAGGCUUUGGGAAACGUUCAUCAAAGAGGUUCAUAUGUUGAUGAGGAUAGAUUGUCGUUUGAUUUCUAUUGUUCAAAGAGAAAAAUUCGCUCAGAGGAUUUGGAAGAAAUUGAGUCUAUCACUAACGACAUUUUGAGUAAAGGUUAUAACGUCAAAGUUCUGAAUGUUCCCUUCAAGGAAGCUUUUGAUAUGGAAGGAGUAAGGAUGCUCCAAGACGAAGAUUAUCCCUCAACUGUUCGUCUUGUGACAGUUGGAAAAAAUAUAGACUGUGAAGAGCUGAAGAAUGGCUUGGCUGAAGAAUAUUCUGUAGAGUUGUGUGGUGGAACACACGUUGAAAAUACCAGACAAAUUGAUGAUAUUGUUAUUACAAACAUUGAGGGUCAAGCGCAAGGGUUGAAGAGAUUAAUCGCAGUUACUGGCCAAGCAGCUUCUGAGGCUAGAAUAAAUGCUGCAUCUCUGCUAGAAAGAUAUAGUAAACUUCAAAAGUUUGUUCUCAUAAACAAGGAUGUUGAAGCCAUCGAAAAGGAGAGAUCAGACGUCUUGAAGUCGCUCUUUCAUGGUCCAACUUUACCGAAAAUAACUAGAGACGAAGUAAAAAAGAUGCUAGAAGAAUUACAACAUACAGUUAUAAAUAAACUUAAGAAGGAGGGAAGGGUAACAUCUUUCUUUAAGAAGAUCAAAGAUCUUGUGAACGCAGCAAAUUCUUCUGAAAAACCUUUUGCCGCAGGAGAAUUGGAAUACAGAAAUGCCAGAGAUGUAGUCAAAAUAUUAGCAGAUAAAGAAUAUAAUAAACCAAUAUUCAUAUUCUCCAAGUCGAAAAGACCAAAUAACCCACAGCAAUGCGUUUGUUACGUUCCCCAGCAUCAUAAGUGGUUUACAGCGAGGGAAAUAUCUCAUGAAAUUUGUACUGCUGUCAAAGGCGAAUGGCGAAUUCCUAAUAAACACGACCGACGUCAACUAAUAUUUGUAUUAAAUUUCGAUACUACAUGCACCGAUAAAGCUAUCGAAGUAGUGGAGGAAAUAUGUCGUAAUAAAGGUCGGAAUAUAUACAGGUGA